AUGAGUGCCAGUGCUGCUGGAGGGCUGCUGCGAAAGAAAGACGCCAGCCCUUUGGGUGUGCUUGCUCUGUGGGGCUGCCCACAGCAGAGGCUGCCGACGCCUCUGAUGCCUGUUCCCUUGCUCCUUGCAGAUCAGAUCGGCCGUGGAUUCAGGGCAGCCCAUCCCUCGGACUCGGGGCCAGGAGCAGAGAAUGCUGGAGCUGCUGCUGGCUCCGACAAAGAGGAGAAGGGCUUUGAAGAGAGGCCAUACAGCUCUGAACAUCAACCUCUCAGGCUGCACCAACCCGAAAGUGUAAAAUCAGAGACACCAUCAGGAUCAGGAUGCCUGCUAGACCAAUCAGCCUCUGCUGAUGAGGAUGAAGAUGGAGCAGGUGGCUAUGAAUAUGAGGACUAUGGCAGACAGGAGCUUGCCAAUGAUACAGCUGAAAGAGUUAAGGAAGUCGAGGCUGAGGAAAACUGGGAGGAUGACUAUGCACCUCUUCCUGUUACGGUCCUGUGCCCACCAUCUGAUGACAGACAAUCAAACACACUACCAGGACCAGGUCACCUGCCAGAUGGAUCCACUUCUAACAAUGAUGGGAAUUCAGCAGAUGAUGAUGAGUAUGACAGAGAGGAGAAUGAGGAAUAUGAAGAUCAGUUUGAAAGAGUUGAGAAAGAUGAGGCUGAGGAUGGUGAAAACUGGGAGGAUGACUAUGAUCCUCUGCCUGUUGUGGUCCCACCAUCUGAAGAGAGAAAAUCAGUGUGGGCAUCCUACAGCGAGAGGUGCAGGCAGCAGCAGCCAGAUGAGGUCUCCCUGGACAAGCUUGGGAGCAUUGUGAGCAUGGGAGAGCCUGAGAGUAAAUACGCUGAAGCCGAAAAGCUUGGCCAAGGGAGCUAUGGAGCUGUUUAUCGUGCUGUUGAGAUGGCCACAGAACGAGAGGUGGCCAUCAAGCACAUCCGUGUGGCUCCAGAGGACGAGGAGUAUGUGGUAAACGAAAUCCUCGUGAUGCGGGACCAUAAGAGCCCAAACAUCGUCAGCUACCUGGACAGCUAUCUGGUGGGUGCUGAGCUGUGGCUGGUCCUGGAAUAUCUGGCUGGAGGCUCCCUGGGGGAUAUGGUUAAGGUGACCCAGAUGAAUGAAGGACAGACAGCAGUGGCCUGCAGGGAGUGUCUGCAAGGUCUGGAUUGCCUUCAUUCCAACAACAUCAUCCACAGGGAUAUCAAAGGCUGUAACAUCCUGCUUGGGAUGGACGGGUCUGUGAAACUGGCUGAUUUUGGCGUCUGCGCUCUGCUCACCCCUGAGCAGAGCAAGAGGACCAGCUACGCUGGAACUCCACACUGGAUGGCUCCAGAGAUCCUGAAGGAAGAGCCCUAUGGUGCCAAGGUGGACAUCUGGUCCCUUGGCAUCACGGCAGUGGAGAUGGCCGAAGGAGAGCCUCCCUUUGCCAGUGAAAGUGACAACAGGGUGUGUGAUCUGCUAGCUGCUGGUGAGACACCAAAGCUGCAGAACCCCGAGGAGCUCUCUGCUGCCCUUCUCAGCUUCCUUCAGUACUGCCUGGAGGUGGAUGUGGACAGGCGCUGGUCUGCCAGGGACCUGCUGCAGCACCCAUUUGUGACAGCGGCAGGGCCAGUCUCCAGCCUGAUCCCGCUGAUCACUGCAGCCAAGGAAGCCAAGAACAGCUGCCAUUAG